AUGGAGGUGCAAGACAGGAGCCGCUCCCCAUCUCGUAGGACCAGCCGGGUGGAGCAGGUGGUGGGACGAUGGCUGAGACGGUCCCGGGACUUAGGCAGCAGGUCUCACUCUCUGAGCAGAGACCGGGUUGGAGUGGAUGGAAGGACAGCAGAGUCCAGUGGCUCUGAUCAGAGGAAUUACCCCUUCCGCUUUAACGUUCAGAUUCAACGGGACCCGACCCUUAACUCUCAUGGCAUCACUCUCUCCUCCCAAAGCCCCAUCCUGGUACAAGAGGUCGCUGCAGGUGGUCCUGCAGAUGGUCGGCUCGUCCCUGGCGACCAGCUUGUGAAGAUCAAUAACGUCGCUGCAGAUGACCUGACCCCGGAGCAAGCUGCUGAAAUAAUCAGGGAGUGUCGAGAAACGUUGACAAUGACGGUCCUCAGAACAAUGCUGGGCCCAAAGUCAUCAUUCAUCACACCAGAGAAGAGGGCCAAACUCAGGUCAAACCCUGUGAAAGUUCACUUUGCUGAGGAGGUGGAAGUCAAUGGACACUCUCAGGGUAACUCGCUGCUCUUCUUGCCUAACGUUCUGAAGGUUUAUCUGGAGAAUGGGCAGACCAAGGCCUUCAAAUUUGAACCAAGCACCACAGUCAAGGACAUUGUGAUGACACUGAAGGAAAAGCUUUCUCUGAGCCGAAUUGAAAACUUCUCCCUGGUGCUGGAGCAGCAGCACAGCAUCAGCAAACUACUGCUGCUACACGAUGAGGAGAGGAUACAGCAGGUGGUCCAGAAGAAAGAGGACCAUGACUACAGGUGUCUGUUCCGUGUUUGUUUCAUGCCCAAAAACCUCCAGACUCUUCUGCAGGAUGAUCCCACAGCCUUCGAAUACCUCUACCUGCAGGGGGUGAAUGAUGUGCUGCAGGAGCGCUUUGCAGUAGAGAUGAGGUGUAACACUGCCUUGCGACUCGCUGCGCUGCACAUCCAGGAGAGGUUGGCAACCUGUGGACAGUCACCAAAGACCAACCUGAAAAUCAUCACGAAGACAUGGGGCAUAGAGAACUUUGUGUCAUCCACAUUGUUGAGGAACAUGCGAGAGAAAGAUCUGAGGAAGGCCAUCGGCUACCACAUGAAGAAGAGCCAAUCGCAGCACGAUCCCAAGCAGAAGGGCCUGUCAGUCAAUCAGGCACGGAUAAACUACCUGGAGGAGCUAGGUGAUCUCAAGUCAUUUGGAGGCAAAUCCUUCAGUGCCACCAUGAUGCUCCAGGACAGGGAGUCAAUGGUGACCCUGCUGGUGGGGGCGCGGUACGGGGUGAGCCAGGUGGUCAACCACAAGCUUAGCAUCCUGUCCACCCUUACAGAGUUCACCAGCAUCACACGCAUCGAGCUGCUGCCUGAAUCAGACAAAGUCAGCCUAGUUAAAAUAUACCUGCAGGAUAUUAAGCCCAUCACAUUACUGCUGGAGUCAGUGGCAGCCAAAGAUAUGUCCUGCCUAAUAGCAGGGUACUGUCGUGUUUUUGUUGACCCCAACCUCAACAUCUUUCCCUGGAUAGAUGACUCCAAGAAGCACAGAGUAUCUGCUGAGGAAGGUUACGUGUCCCGGUGUGGCAGUGACUCAGAUGAUCCCUCAGACCUGGACAUGGAACCACUAGUCUCCAUGGUGUCGCUCAAUGAGAAGCCCGGCCCUCGUGUCAGAUCCUCAUCAGAUCCAGAUGGAAGAAAAAGAAAAGACAGAGACAGAAGGAGAAACAAAGAUGGCAAAGAAAAGGGAGAUAAAUCUUGGGGGGGAAAAAAACAAAGGGAAGAAAAGGAUGCUGACACCAAAAAGGAAAAGUCUUUGCCACAUGAGAAUAGAGAGGGUAAAAAUGAAGACACUGAGCACAAGGAGGAGACGGAGAGAGUGCAGGAUGGUGGAAAAAUACAGAUUGAGAUAACAGACAAUGACUCAAGGGAACAACAAGAAAAAGUGGGAGAAGGCGGGAAUAUUGGAGGUGCAAAAGAGAUGCAAGGAGCAGAGGAGCAGCCGUCUGCAUCAGAAGCAUCAGAUUCUUGUCAUACUGACUCUCAUGUCCUCACCAGCCCCUCCAGUGACUCCAUUGACGCCUUGGAGGAAGAUGAUGUACUGUCAUGUUCUUCUUCUUUCAGCCACCCCAAUGUUUCCUCGCAAACUCAUCACCACAUUUACUCUCCCCUUCAGCUGAAUCCUUAUGCUCAGCCUCACCUCCUCGCCCCUCCCCCAGCUCAUUCCCACCCCCUCAUCCACUUCCCAACUCACGACAGGGGAGGAGGGGGCUGCAGGAGGUCAGGCGACGGAGCCGAUCCUCAACUCAUCGCACCUGUUUCCACCUCUCAGGGCCUUCAAAACGCCAAAAAUUGUUCAGGCAAGCCCUGCUCUGAUGACAGUUCAUUGUGCUUCGCUGAGCUCUCCCGCCUCGUAGACUUCCUGCCGAGCCCUCCGGAGGCCAGCGAGGAUGAUGAAGAUGAAGAUGAGUUUAGGAGGAGGAGGAAAAGGUUGAAAGAAAUGAACCAGUUGAUGAGAAGAGCAGGUGAAGGAGGAAGCGUCAGUGGGGAGGGCAGUUAUAAUGAAUUUCCACUAUCCCUUUCCCCAUCCUCCCCCUCCCCCAACAUGGAGUUUGUGUUUAACUUUGACCGAAGCGACGCUCGUUGCUACUACAAACUCUGCUCCAACAUUACCCCGGACAGCGCUCGCAGCCUUCCCCACCCCCUGCAUCAUAAGGAGGAAGAAGACUGGGAGGAAGUGGAGGGAGAUGAAGAUAAGGCUGAAGACCUGGAGCCGAUCCCCAUCCUCCAGCCACCACCUGGCUUUGGAGACAGCAGCUCUGACGAGGAGUUUUUUGACGCCAGAGAUCGCUUCACCUCACCUGAAGACCCAACCUCAGGGGCAGUGCCAAGAGGUAUUUGCACAGAGAUGAAGCUGGACUUCCUAAGUACAAUCAGCCUCAGUGACAUCAGAGUCUCUGUGACAGAUGGAGACAAAGCUGGAAAAGCAGAAGACGACAAAAAGGAAGUAGAUGAGGAAGGAGGAGGCAGAGAAACGUUGUUCCAGCUCAGAAAAAGAUCUCGCAAGCGUCGUUCCUUCAUGGAAACUGAUUAUACCUCUAUGGUGUCCUAUCCAGAACCAGAUCCAGAAUCAAAACAGGACCUGGGUUCCAACAAGCCUCAUAAAAACCUUUUGGCAAAAGCCAAUGAUGCUCAGAUGCUGAGUUCAGAUCCUGAACCUUCAGAGCAAACCCAAAAUCCCAGCCCUACUGUCUCCUCCCUGACUCACUCUGAAGGGGAACCGGCUCAGCUCGAGUCAAAACCCAUCCUGUCAAAAGCCCGUUCUCAUGGACAAUGCUCUCCUCCUGGUUUUGGAUCUCAUGAGCAGAUUAGAGACCCACAGCCCCUCUCCAGGAAGCAAGAAAUGGAGAUGGAACCUGAUGCAAUGGAAUCCAAAUCCGUCACAGACCUCGUGAUGACUGCAUCUCCUACCAUCACCAUGGUCCGCUGUCGGGUGGAUCCAGAUGGGAAGGAGAGUGCUGAUCGGAGGGGUGACGGAAAGGAGGAAGGGGAGGGACGGGAGGACAUGGGUGAGGGAAAAGAUGAGGAAGAGAAGGAGGAAACAACAGGUGUGCCAGGGAACGGGCCAUUCACUAUUCAUAUGUUUUUGCCAGAGAUCACUGAAGAGGAAGAUAAUGGGGACAAGAAGGGAGAAGAGAGGAUAGAAGAGGUGAGAGGGUACAGUUCAAAUAGGCAGUCAGAAUCCAACACAAUACCUACAUGUUUGAUAGAUUCGAAUAAAAAAGGUAGUAAUGGAUUUUUGGGAUCUCAUCUAAUUGCCCAAGAGCUAAACUUUUAUCUAGAGGAACAUAUUCCUGAAGCUGUGUGUGACAAGUCAAACCCACCGUCAUAUUCACCACCGCCCCCUCCACCCUCAUCCCCUCUACCCCCACUACCAGUUUUUCACAAAUCCCAAAGUGACUGUUUUCUGACAGAAGAAGAGGGAAGCAAAAACAUGGAAACCUCAACCAAAAUGUCUUUGUCUUCUUCUCAGGAGAUGCCACUUAGCAAACAAAAUUACACAAACAUAACACAAUUACAUUUAGAAGUCACAACCUGUGUUAAGGAAGAUGAAGCUAUUGGUGUUGUUAGUUCUACCGUAACUACUAGUGAUGAAGUUACUGACAGCACCAAUUCUGACAGUGUUUUUGAUGACGAAGAGGUGAGUAAUUCCUUAAAUUCUAGUUCAAAUGACAAGAAAGAUGACUGGAAUCUGGUUACAAAGCAUAGCAUCAGAUCUAACUCAGCCACGGCAGGUAGAGGUGAGUCACAAAUUAGUAUUAAGUCUCUGACCAGCACUGAAGCUCAAACAAGAAUGCAUUCAGUUAAUUCUGAUUAUACUCGUGCUAUAAACUCUAUCACAGCAAAGCUUGGAGCCGCAACUAGCAUCACAUCUCCGACAUUCACUUCAGGUACUAGGUUGAAAAUUGAGAUGACACAGGAAAAUGCUUCAUGCUUGAAAGAAAUUGUAGCUAAACGUGGAAGUGAUUCCACCAUGUCAAGUGUUGAAGCUAGACACAGUUUAGCUAGUCCUAGCUUAGUGAAGUCAAACACAGCCACGGUCCAUGAUCUCUCCAAAGAGCCUCCUUCUCCAACUCAUUUCCUCUUCCAGACCUGUUCCCCCAGCUUCAUGGGUCGAUUAUCUGCCUCAACACUUAGGGGGAAGAUUCAAAAGUUGCCCCUUUAUUUAUCACGCUCCGAGGAAAGCCUCCACCAAGCUGGGGUUGGGAAUGAAGCCCAGCGUCCUGCUAAGUACAACAGUAGCAACGAUGUUGAGAUUACCAUCAAAGUUCUAGAUGUUCAUGAUGUCACACAAAGUACAGAUUUGGAAAUGGGCACAGCUUCAGAAACAGUGGAUUCAGAUGAUUCGGAUACAACUGUUACAGGAUCAGAGGUGGAUGGGGAGUUUUUUGUGGAAACAACCUCAGAAAAGAGUUUUCAUUCAGGUUUAGAGGUGAAGGAAGUAAACUCUCCAAUGAUUAUCCAGACUGAGCCCAAACCCCAACACCAAAAUCAGCUUCUGUUCUCUGGACCCAUCAAGAACACACCAGGGCCAGUAACAGAGGCUCCAGCCUCCAUCUUUAACAGCCUCCAAAGAGAUACCUCAGGCCUGAAAAUAGACACUCCUGGCCCUAUAAAAGAUGCUCCAGAACCAAAUAUGGUCACAAACCCAGGUGAAGACAUUCCAGGUUAUAAAAUGGGCAAACAGUCACCUUCCAUUCCCCCUCCGAUAGUGGUGACCACACAGAACCUAAAUAGGCCAGGACUUCCUUUUCAUAAUCAGUCACAGAAAGUAAGACGAAUCAGUAGCGACAGGCCUUUGAUUGGUCUUUGUAAGCCUUCAGAGCAGAAUUCCGACUCACCAAAAACACUUUCCUCAGGCUGCAGAGUGUUUACGAUCUGUAAGGAUCCAUCUCAAACAAAGACUCCAGCCGAGGUUGGGACUACCCUGCCCUUGAAGUCUGAGCUUGGCUGCAGUUCUGUGCUAGCGUCUGGAUGUGAGUCAGUUGUGGAGGGGGUGCAGGUACCACUGGACGCUUGUGGUUGCCCAGCGGUCUAUACUAACUGCUUCAGUGGCGGGGACAGCUUUGACGACGAGCUGACAGUAUACGAGUUCUCUUGCCGUACACAGAGCAGUGGUGUGACUCAGACUUCAGGAACAGUUCUUCCACUCAUGGCUUCUCCACCUGUCCCCUCCUUUCUCUCCACCUCCUCCACCCACUCUCCCUCCUUUCCACGCUCCGUCCUCUUCUCCUCGUCUACCUCUGAGCUCAGCCCUCUCCUCUCACCGCUCUCUGAGGCCUCUGACUGUUUCCUGUCUCAAGCACACAAGGACACCAUCAGUCGGUUAGGUCAGCAACACUACCCAGAACCGCCAAGAGGUUUCCAAGUACUCCGCGUAGACGUGGGCCAGCUCCUUUCAAUUCUAGAGAGUAGCGGUAGUGACCGAUCUGUGGCAGGACAUGGAGGCCGCCACCCGAGGGACACCUGCCCGGCUCACUUUACAGAGAACAAGCGGGUGCUCCAGAUAGAGGCCAGGCGGCUGAUGUCAGGCUGCCAGAAGGUGGUGGGGAUUGGACAGAGCCCAGAGGAAAUGCUUCACUCUUUGGCAGAAAGUUUCCGGACCCUGGUGGAGUUGGCUGGAAUAUGCCUCUGGUUCUCUGGAUGCGACAGGUGUGACCGGAGGAACGCAGAGGCAGUUGCAGGUCUGGCAGAUGUGGCCCGCUCAUUCAGGGACUUCUGUCUGGCAGCAGAGCGAGCCAGCAGCAAGCGCAGCUGCCAGGACCUGAGCACCAAGCUGCUCGCCAAGCAGUGCACUGCGCUCACCGCCUCUGUCUUCUGCCUCACUCAGCUGUUCCGCACCCUCACUGCACUAUGA